CAAACGAGAAAAAGAACUCUUUUGAGGUUUUAGACAGCAGCAGUCUCUGGGAUUGGUACACUGUUAGAAGUUCUCUGUUGAAUAGUUUGAGGUUCGAAACACUGCAACCAGUCUCUGGAGUUGCUGGACAAAAGCCGCUUGAUUAUUGUUUCAUCUGUUUCUUGUAGUAAGUCCCUUUUCUCCUGGACUGAGCUUUCGUCCGGGAGAUGACUCCUAAGUUUACCAUUUUAUAAUUCACAUGUCUAAAACCCUCCUCUCCCGCAUUAAACCCCUUCACAACCCAAAACCCAAAACUCCUUCUCCGACCAAUUUCCCCUUAACACGCCGCAUUAACGAACUCGUUAACGAGGUCUGCCAAAUCCUCCAAACUCAAGACCAAUGGGAACACACUGUCGAAACCCGUCUUUCCGAGGAAGAAGUUGUCCCUUCCGACAUUGCCCACCAUGUGUUCGACAAACUUAAGGAUGCUCAUGUGGGUCUCAAGUUCUUUGAUUGGGUUUCUCAAAGACCCUACGGUUGUCCCCUUGAUCGUUUUGCUUAUUCUUCUCUUUUGAAACUCUUGGCUAAGUUUAGAGUCUUUCCUGAAAUUGAAACUUUAUUACCCAACUUGACAACUUGUGAAGAUAAGUUGCCCACACUCGAGGCGUUGGAUGCUGUAAUUAAAGCUUACUCUGAUUCUAAUUUGGUUGAUAAAGCUGUUGAAUUGUAUUACUUUGUAUUGAAAACUUAUGAUUUGGUUCCACAUGUAGUUACUGUUAAUUCUUUACUUCAUGGUCUUGUAAAAGAUCGUAAGAUUAAAGCAGCUAGGCGACUGUAUGAUGAACUCGUUGAGAGAAAUGGUGGUUCUGUUGAGAAUAAAUUUUUGGAUAAUUUUAGCACUUGUAUUAUUGUCACAGGGUUGAGUAAAGAGGGGAAGAUUGAAGAAGGGAGGAAAUUGAUUGAGGAUAGGUGGGGUAAAGGUUGUGUACCAAAUGUUGUUUUCUAUAACACAUUAAUUGAUGGCUAUUGCAAGAAGGGUGACAUUAGAAGCGCGUAUAGGCUUUUCAAUGAGUUAAAAUUGAAGAGCUUUUUACCCACAGUGGAGACUUAUGGGGCAUUGAUAAAUGGGUUUUGUAAAGAUGGGAACUUUGGAAAAGUUGAUAUGCUUGUACAGGAGAUGGUUGCAAGGGGUGUGAUUAUUAGUGUCCAAGUGUAUAACUCUAUUAUUCAUGCUAGGUGUAGGCAUGGUUUUACUGAGGAAGCAAUGGACACCGCAAGAAGAAUGAUUGAAGCUGGCAGUAAGCCAGAUAUAGUGACAUACAACACAUUGAUCUCUUAUUCAUGCAAGGAUGAGAAAAUUCAGGAAGCUGAAAAGCUUCUAGAGCAGGUUAAGAAUGUUGGGUUGGUGCCAACCAAGUUUACUUAUACCCCUAUGAUACAUGCCUACUGCAAAUUUGGUGAUUUUGAAAGGGCGUUAAGUUUGCUUGCUGAGAUGACGGAAUAUGGUGAUAAACCUGAUGUAUCAACCUAUGGAGCUCUUGUCCAUGGAUUGGUGGUAUCUGGUGAAGUUGAUGUUGCAUUAGUCAUUCGAGACAAGAUGAUAGAAAGGGGAGUAUUACCUGAUGCUGGCAUUUAUAACGUUUUGAUGAGUGGGCUCUGCAAAAAAUUGAAGCUUCCUGUUGCCAGGCAGCUCCUUGAUGAGAUGCUUGGCCAUGGUAUAUUACCUGAUGCUUAUGUGUAUGCCACUUUGGUAGAUGGAUGUGUAAGAAAUGGGGAAUUUCAUGAAGCAAAGAAGCUGUUUGAGAAGACAAUUGAAAUGGGUAUGGAUCCUGACCUUGUAGGGUACAAUGCCAUGAUCAAGGGAUACUGUAAGUUUGGACUGAUGAAAGAUGCAGUUGCUUGCUUCAGUAGAAUGAAAAAGUCAAAAAUAGCUCCUGAUGCAUUUAGUUAUUCAACAGUAAUUGAUGGGUAUGUAAAGCAGCAUGACUUACGCCUAGCAUUAACCAUGCUCGCUCACAUGGUAAAGCGCAUCUGUAUGCCAAAUGUGGUCACGUACAGCUCUCUGAUUUAUGGCUUUUGCCAGAAUGGAGAUCUUGUGGGAGCUGAAGAUUUAUUCAACAGAAUGCAAUCAAAUGGUAUGAUGCCUAAUGUGAUAACGUAUAGUAUACUAAUUGGCAGCUUUUGUAAAGUGGGAAAACUUGCAAAAGCAGCUUUUAUUUUUGAACAAAUGCUCAUGCACAAGUGCUAUCCAACUGAUGUCACGUUCAAUUAUUUGGUUAAUGGGUUUUCUCAUUGCACGCCUACUAUUUUCUCGGAGGAGAAAAAUGAUCCUCACGAUGAGAAGAACUCUAUGUUUAUGGGUACUUUUAAAAGAAUGAUAUCAGAUGGAUGGCACCCUAGAAAUGCUGCAUACAAUUCCAUUAUAAUCUGCCUCUGUUUACAUAAAAUGCUCCAAACUGCAUUGCAACUGCGUGACAAGAUGAUUAGUAAAGGUUACACAACAGAUCCAAUUACUUUCGCCGCCUUGUUAAAUGGAAUUUGCUUAGAUGGAAAAUCCAAGGAAUGGAAAAAUAUUAUUUCCUGCAGCUUAAGUGCGACAGAGCUAAGUGUCGCAUUAAAGUAUUCUUUGAUAUUUGACCAGUACCUAAGUCUUGGAUUCAGCUCUGAGGCUUCAGUGAUCUUGCAUAGCUUGGUUAAAGACCAUAUCUCAUAAUCAAGAUGAAACUGAUGUUAAGCUUUUGGUAUAUUUGGACUGGCAGAAGACUGAAGGUCUUCAUUAUCAAGAGAGUAUUAUGUACUAUAGUUGUAUUCAGGAUAUUCUGUAAGAUGGACGGAGCUCUCUGAUUGUAGCCUUCUUUGGUCUCCUGUGCAGACUGAUGGUUUUGGAGCCAACUAAAGUCCAAUUUCAGCUGCAGUUCUGCUACAGCUUAUCUAGGUGUUUUCUCUUUUGGUGGCAGUGCAACUAAAACCAGGGUGAUUUUCAUUGCAAAAUGCAUAUAUCAGAUGCUAAAAGGUUGAUCUCUUUUCUUGUGACUGACGUGAUGAACUAAUACUUAUUUGUGAAGCACUUUGGAGGAAGGCUCAUCCCUGUAAGAGGACGUUAUUAAAGGAUUCUAUUUUCUCAAAAUGCAUUUGCUUUGAGCUUUGGUAAAAUGGCAACCAUACCCGUUUUUGGCUUGAUGUAUGGUGCGGGAAUUCUGCACUGAAAGAAGAAUUUCCAACCUAUUCUCGAUCACGACUGAUAAAGAGGCCACUUUACGUGAGCGAUUAAGGAGAUACGGAGGUCAAGUGUCAUAAGAUAUUUCCUUUAGGACGCCCAUUCAAGAUUAGGACUGGAAUUAGAUGGGCAAUUUGCUUCAGAGAAGUUGCAGUUGCACAAUUCAGAGAGGACAUAGAGAUUUGGGCAGGCUGAACCUUGAAAUUGUUUGUUGAAAUUGUAUUAUAAUCACUAGCAGAAAUGUAGGGUAAGUCUGCGUACGAUAGACCCUUGUGGUCCGUCCCUUCCCCGGACCCUGCGCAUAGUGGAAGCUUAGUGCACCGGGCUGCCUUCUUUUUUUCAUCUACGAGAGGUGACUUCAGACCCAUGUUAGCCAGUAUGGACGACAGACAACAAAAAAGCAAGUUUUAAGCACUCUUGUCAGUUGGUGGUGUUUUGCAAAGGAUGAGGGGGAUUUUGAUCACUUCUUUCUACAUUGCAUUUCACUGUAUGCUCCAUAGUUUACUCCAUGCUUAAAUUGUCAUGAGAAUGACCUAGGACAGUGUUGGAUGUCAGGGCAAGUUGAGAAUGAGAAGGCUAGAUGCUUGAAAGGAAGAUCUGGUAAGGAGGCUCAUUUUGUGCAUUUUUUCCGGUUGAUUUGGAGAGAGAUAUAAUAGAACUUUUGAGGAAGUUGAAAGCCUACUGUUGAAAGUUAGAAGGUCUUUUUUAUUUAGUUAAUACUUUUCGGCGCAAAAGGAUAUCUCACAUUGUAAAAAGAAAUCGAUUUUUUUGGAAUUUUGAUGUAAACCCUAUACAUAUAUAUAUAUAUAC